CUCUCCCACUCAGACCGUCAGUGUUUUCUCGUGGACUGCAGCCUACACAGGUUCCUCCAUCAUGACUCUGGAAGCCUGGUACAUGGACUCCUCUGAGGAGGACCAGAGGAAGCCCCACAGACUGAACCCGAACCAGCCGGUUCCUCUGGAGGACCUGAACCAGCUGGGGGUGUUCUACUGGAAGCUGAAUGCUGAUAUCUAUGAAGCAGACCCGGAGCUGGAAAAAAUCCGCAAAGAGCAGGGCUACACCUACAUGGACAUCCUCAGUAUCCGCAAGGACACCCUACCUGACUAUGAGAACAAGCUGAAGAUGUUCUUCACUGAACACUUACACCUGGACGAUGAGAUCCGCUACAUCCUGGAUGGCCGAGCCUACUUUGACAUCAGAGACAAGCAGGACAGAUGGAUCCGAAUCGUCCUGGGUAAAGGAGACCUGAUCACCCUGCCGGCCGGCAUCUACCACCGCUUCACCCUGGAUGAAACAGACUACACUAAGGUCAUGAGGCUGUUUGUGGGGGAGCCGGUGUGGAAGGCUUACAACAGGCCCGCUGACGACUUUGACAUCCGCCAGAAGUACGUGGCUUCUCUGAAGGCAUCCUGAGGAACUACUGAGUGGAUUCACUACAGGACCACUGCUCACACUAAUGAUUCUCUGGUGAUUGGGAAGAAGCAAAUAAUUAGAAUAGUGAGAAAUCUCCUACAGACGGUUAAAGCAAAGCAAUCAUUACACACCAAGAGGCCUUUUAGAGAUGGAUGAAAUGAUGUAGCCCUAUAGGGGGGAUUUUCAUAGAUACACAUCAUUGUACUAUAAAUUUCACUAUAAAUCAGAACUUAGAAGCACAUUUAACUGUGAUCACAUCAUAAAAUGAUACAAAACACCACCCAACAACCUUUCACAUGGUUCAGUCCAGCUUCAUGUCAACCACCUUCCAUUUAAAUGCUGCCCAGAGGUUAAAGCAUCUGGAAUAAUAAUGGAAUCUAACAUUUUAAAAGGGGCCAUUCUGCAGGAGUUCUUUACUUUUAGAACAGUUCAACAUCAUUUCCCUCUACUUUUACCAGAGUAAGUAUUAAAUCAUGGGCCUGAAUACUUGUUUCACAUCAAAAUAAGCUGAUAAAUGCUUUAUUCUCUUAAAUGUAGAAAUAAUUCUGGCAUCACUAUUUUCUAAUUUUAUAUUCCAAUCUGUCGGGAUCAAUAAAGAGAAAUGACAUGAGCUAUCUGAGCUAAUGGGGUGAAGCAUCACUGACAGAUCAAUCUAGUUUUUAUUGUAAGAAAAAUAAAGCUGCUAAUAAUUUA